UUGAAUAUACAGGGUGUUAGGUUCCUGAGUGCAAACUUUUUAGAGGGUGAUAGAGGACCAUAAAUGGAGAAAAAAAUUGUUCUGCGCAUAUGGUCAAAUCUCAACCGUUACGUAGUUAUUGAACUUCCCAUGUUUAUGACUCUUAUUGCCUUAACUGGCAAUAACUUGAAAAUGGUCAAACUUAUCGAAGUUUUUUUACCCUUAUUCGAAAGAUUAUUGAAUUUUCUAACAAAUGGCAUCUUUGAAUCGAUUGGUUUAGUUAAAUAACUAAGUUUUCUAGAGAAAAAUAGCUAAAAAUAGUGUAUUUUUAUUGGUUUUUGUCAAUUAUCUUUGAAACAUGUGUAAUAAAUUAAAAUUCUUUCUUUGGCAAAGUUGUGGCCCCUGUUACACUCUACAAUUCGUUAUUUGACACCAAACUUCUAUCUCUGAUCGUUUUGUUGCUAUUUCGAUUUUAACAUCGCAUUUCAGAUCAUAAAUUUGCAACUGUCAUGGAAAGUACUCUUUUGCGCAAUGUGCCGCACAUUUAAAUCGAAAUUGCAAGAAAACGAUAAGAGCUAGAAGUUUGGUGUCAAAGAACGAAUUGUAGAGUGUAACAGGGGCCACAGCUUUGCCAAAGGAAGAAUUUUAAUUUAUUACACAUGUUUCAAAGAUAAUUGACAAAAACCAAUGAAAAUACACUAUUUUUAGCUAUUUUUCUCUAGAAAACUUAGUUAUUUAACUAAACCAAUCGAUUCAAAGAUGCCAUUUGUUAGAAAAUUCAAUAAUCUUUCGAAUAAGGGUAAAAAAACUUCGAUAAGUUUGACCAUUUUCAAGUUAUUCCCAGUUAAGGCAAUAAGAGUCAUAAACAUGGGAAGUUCAAUAACCACGUAACGGUUGAGAUUUGACCAUAUGCGUAGAACAAUUUUUUUCUCCAUUUAUGGUCCUCUAUCACCCUUUAAAAAGUUUGCACUCAGGAACCUAACACCCUGUAUAGAUACUUAUGCAUAGUUGUACCCAUGUAUAUAUUUAAACUCCACUUAACUCGAAAUCAAUAAUUAAGAAUUCUGCAGUUCAGGAGUGUAGUGAUAUCUAGAGUGGGUAAAUUGAAACAAAUCCAAUACAACGCACAUCCUGAGUGCAUUGCUUUUAGCGUAAAUACUGACUACUUUGGUUUGAGCCGUAACACGCCACACGUAAAAAUCCCCAUGGCGAAUAACAUAGGAGAAAAUACGAAUCGAUACAAUCGACAAAGACCCACGCGACGCAAUAAGGACUACGAAUGAAAACUUGGAACAUGGAAUUGCAAGUCACUAGUUUUCGCAGAAUGUGACAGGAUAAUUUACGACGAACUACAUCCCCGCAACUUCGACAUCUUGGCGUUGCGGGAACUUUGUUGGACUUUGUGUGGAAAAGCGGGCAUCGAGCGGCUACUUUCUACCAAAGCUGUGGCACCACCAAUGAACUGGGAGCAGGAUUUAUAGUGUUGGGCAAGAUGCGACAACGUGUGAUCGGGUGGCAGCCGAUCAACGCAAGAAUGUACAUGUUAAGAGUUAAGGGCCAUUUCUUCAACUACAGCAUCAUCAACGUCCACUGCCCACACGAAGGGAGACCUGAUGACUAGUGCAACAAACCGCUGAAUUGAGAUUCAGCAAUUUAUUGCCAAAAUGAUAAUUUUUGUCAUUUUUCGGGAAUGGGGCAUACGUCACCCUUUUCCCCAAUCAUUUGCAACAAUUUUGCAUUUUUCGCUCAUGCCGAAAUAAGAGAAAGGGAAACCAACAUUUUGGGAUCUCGGCUUAUAUUUUAUGACAUAAACAUCGGGCAUGGUUUUCAACAUAUGUUGAAGCCUUCUGUGCCUGUAUUCUGGGUGACGAAAUUCAAGUACAUACAGGGUCGUCUUGAUGAAAUAAACAAUUGCCUCGAAAUCCGAUCGUAAAAUGAGUUGAGAAGAAUGAUCUGAUUGUUUUUGCAACAAGAAAAAACUUGGAAAUGCAUAACCUUCCCCGAAAAGAAAGGUUAUCACAGACAACGAUCAUAAUUGGAUCGUAAUAGUAGUUUACGCAACAAGGUGCAGAAUGAAGAUUUUUACAGCACGAGUCGUACAUUUAUCCAACGAGGCUUGCCGAGUUGGAUAAUUACGACGAGUGCUGGAAAAAUUGAGUUCUGCACCGAGUUGCGUACUACGUUUUUUGCAAUUUCAUAAAUUACCGCUUGAGGAUAGUUUUUAACAAUUUUUUUCAUUAAAGUGUACACUGAUGUUCAUAGCCAUAUUUAAGAAAGUCUGAUCAUAACAGGUUAUACUGUGCAUUUGUCACAUUUUUUCAGAGCUGCGUCCAGAAAUCACCAAGAAGUUGAUCAAAACUGAAAACAGUGCUGUAAUGGUUCAUUACGCAACGCAAAUCAGUGCUGUAAUGAACCACUACAGCACAGCUGAUUUGGUGUGGGAAAGUAGGCCUUUUCCUGUCAGAUUUGCGUGAGGUAAAACAGCCUAUUACGAAGAGAAAUUGCAAAAAAUUAUGUUUUGAAUCGAUCGGACGACCGUCCACACAUCCAUGCUUAGAAGGCGUGAAAAUUCUAACGCAUGAGUGAUCGUAAAACUGAGACGGGCGACGAAGAAAAGUAAACACUAUAAAUUUAUGAUCGCCCGGUGCGUUCAUGAAAAAUCAAGUUCGGGGAUGAUGAUGAUUGGUGUGGCUCUUGAUGACUCAGCCACUAAGGCAAGAAAUUUUGAAAUUGAAUUCGCGAGUACUUUCGCUCCCCUCAGAAUUUUGAUGCAUCGGAGAUUUCUGUUUUGUUUUGGGGAGAGUUUUUGGGAGGCCCGAAUCUCAGAGGUGAGAAUAAAUUGGCCAUUCGUUCUGGAGGCUCAAUUAAUCUCGCGGAUGUGAGAUGGCGAAAUGGGAGGCAUAGGGAAAAUUGAUCAUCCGUGUAGGGAAGAGUUUAGAAUUGCUCUCACGGAUGUGGGAGAUGCAAAGAUUAGAAAAGAGCGUAAUUUAUAAUCAAUUAUGCAUGGGGCAUCGGGAAAUUAAUUUCUCUUUGGUCUCGGAGAGAGUCCUGGAGAAUUUUUGAUCGGAUCAUAAUUAUGAUCAGGAGAAUAAGAGUUGAUGGUUAGAGAGAGGACCCUUAUAUAAGGGCCAGCAGAUCCAAUGAUCGGGGAGUCAGUUUGUGUUUAGAAUUUUUCCAUUGUUAAGUUUGGGUCUUGAGCUCGACGCCAUUUCUGGCUAAUCGACAACUCUUGUACUCCAUCUUAAUUUUGGAAAAAUUAGUUGAGACCAGUUUGCUUAGGGUUUUCCCAUUUAAACUUGAGAAAAAGUAGUUCAGUUCAGGCAGUUAGUGAUUCAGUUUAGUGGUUUAGAUAGUCAGUUAGUGUGUUUCAUUUGUAGAUGUUCAUUUCUAAUUCAGUGCACUGUGGAAAUUAAAAUAUUUUAUAAUCGGAAAAUAAAGUAGUGUAGUUUUAAGAAGUGGUGGUCAAUUUUUAUAGAUGAUGACAUAUCUUUAAGUAAACGCGUUCGGUUGCAAUUUUGAAAGUGAUCCGGGGGGGGUCCCGUUACAGUGUGGUGACAGCAGAAAAGAGUUUCGGUUUUAGAAGAAAUUUGGUGCGUCAUUUCUGACUGGUGGAAAAACCGUGAAAAUCAGGGAGUUUAAUAAUACGUGCGAAUGAAACAUUAGUGCGAAUAAUCAGAAACGUGUUAAAGCGAACUAUUAGUUGAGCUUGUAAAGUGAACGAACCCAAUUAGAACAAAACACCCAAAAAAAUCGAAUAAUUUUUUUUUUCUCUCGUUUAACAAGUUGUUUCUAACUUUUAUUGGUGAACAAAUGGACUGUUUAUGAACAAACUUAAGACCAAAUAUCGUUAUUGGUGAACAAUUUGAAGCAAUAAAGUGACAUCCCUAUUAUUAAUUAGAAACAAGGACUGAGUGUUUAAAAUGCGUCAAUCACUAGUUUGUUUUUGGUGAGUAAUAAUUUAUCCAAUCUUUUUAUUGUAUCUAAGUUUUAACCUUCCCUUAAUUUUUCUUUUUCACUCUCCACAAAAAGAAUCUUAAAAAUUGGCCAAGAUGUCGAAUAUGGAAGCUAUUGAAACUUUUAUUUCCGAAGAAUUGUCGAAUAUAAAGAAAAGUAUUAACAGGCCUAGAUCUGCCGAAAAUACUGAAGAAAAAAUAUCUUAUUUUACAGGAUGGUUUGAAGAAUUUGAUAAAAUCUUCAAAAAGAAUGUUAAUAAAAUGGAUGAGGCACAAAAGACCAAAUAUUCAGAACAAUAUAAAAGAGUAAAAGGAAAAGUAGAAGAGGCUUUACUAAUUUUGAAUAACAACAAAAUAUCAAUGAACACUUCUGAAGCAAACGCACAGAACAUUAUUGAAAAUGAGGAAGCAAAAGGAAUAUCUAAUAUAUCAGCUCAUACGGGUAAAGAGGACUCAAAACAGACUGAUAGCUCUGGCGACCAAAGAAAACAAAAUCCUCAAAAUAUUUCACAUCAAGAUUUUGCCAAUUUACUGAAUGAUAAAUACAAACAUGUUUUGUUAGCAAAUUCUGCAGCAAGCAGCUCAAAUUUACCUCUCCAGCCAAGCAGUUCUGCGGUAGUUAAUUACAAUUUUCCAAUGCAACUAGCUUUCCAAUGUAUUCCGGAAUUCAAUGGUUCACCAGAUGAAUUGAAUCCAUUUCUGUAUCAAAUUGAAUUUUUUGCAAAUCAAUUUCCUGCCAACGUUAAUCAUGCACCACUUUUAAACAUAGUACUACUCAAAUUAAAAGGAAAGGCAACAGCUUAUACUAGCCGAAUUCAAGGCCAAACAUGGUUAGAAGUGAAACAAAAUUUAAUCCGUGAAUUUUCAGCAAAACUUUCUGCGGAAGAAAUUUUGCAGAAAAUUGAAAAACUGGAACAAGGGUUUCAGGAAUCUUUCAAAAGCUACAAAGAACGAGGUUUCAAAAUCCUGGAAGCAAUAAGAUCAAUUGAACCGCCAGGACAACUUCAACCAUCAUUUGCGGAAAGGAGCUUGAAAAUCCAUUUUCUUAGUGGUCUAAGAAGCUCUCAUCUCAAACUGCUCGCUAAAACACAGCGCGGAUCAUCCUUUGCCGAUCUUCUGCUGUUUUUGGAAGAAGAAUUUGUUGAAUGUGAACAAAUGGAAGAUAUAGGAAAAAGGCUUCGUAACAUUAAUUUUUCGGGUCAAUAUUACUCGAGGCAAAAUCCCUCGAAUUAUCAGACCAGUAAACCUUGGCAGAAAACGAACGGACAAAUGGAAUCUAAUGCAUUCCGAAGAAAUUUCAAUAAUUCGCAACAAAAUCUUAGAAACGACAACAGAUUUCAAGGAAACAUGAACUCUAAAGUGAAUUUUAAUAACAAUUCAUACCAUCAAUUGAGACAAAACAACAAUUUUAGAAAUUUUAGCAAUAAAGUAAAUGAAAUUCGAAAUCGAAACAAUAAUUAUCAACAAUUAUCAUCUGCAAAUCAAGAACGAAGAUACAAUCCACAAAAUUUUAAUAGAUCAUAUAAUGGCAGAUAUGGAAACCAAAGAUAUGAUCAAAAAAACUAACUUAUGGGGCUUUUAAUAAUACAAGCGUCCGAAAACCCCAUACACAAAGAAAAUUUAGAAACGGGCGCAACCCAAUUCAACGCAAUUAUUAUUACAACAAAGAGCCAGUUGGCCCCAGCAUUUACACAUCAAGAGAUCAAAAUAAUGAAGCAAAAAUGCUUUCAGAAUUUCAACAGCCUUAUGAAAUUCUAUCUAUUAUUUUUACGAGAAAAAAGCAGUUCCAUUUGAAAAUUGCCACAUUAAACAGACCAAAUUGUCAUGUAAACUAUCUUCUCGAUACAGGAGCAUGCAGAAACCUGAUUUUAAAAAAAGUGUUUGUAUGCGUGCGGCGUCUAUAACAUAAAUCGAAAGGACAAAAUCUUAAUAACAGGUAUUUGUAACACUUCUAUUUCAUCGAUAGGAUCAGCAAAACUGCAACUACUUGUGGGAAAUUCCGUUUUUGAUACCAAAUUUUACGUCGUUGAAAAUCUCCCAGUUUCGGGAAUAAUUGGUGCAGAUUUCAUAAAACAGCACACUGUCUUUGUUAGUCAAAAUUUUGACUAUAUUGCAUUAAAAAAAUGUGGAGACAGCAAUAACCAACAGGAAGAACUGAUCAGUGACAAUCUAAGAAAUCGUCAAUAUAAUCGCAAUAAUGAAAUCUCUUUCUUUAACAACACGCAAUCGGAAGUGGAAACAAUGGCUAAGCGAAAUGCAAUAAAUUUUAAUGCAAGACAUGAGAAUUAUAAAAUCCAAAAUUUUAACAGCAUGGAUUUACAAAACGAAGAAGAGGAUUAUCAAGUCACAAGGGAAUUGGAUUUGGAUAGUGGUAGAGAUUAUGAUUUAUUGGAACACAAAAGCUGCCAAAUGUUAAAAGGCGAUGACUUAACUUACACGAACAUGGCAACUCAUGAAAUAGAAACAACGACGAAUAUACCAAUAAAUAAAAGGCAAUAUAGAAUGCCAGAGUCCACAAAAAGGCACAUUGAUGAACAAAUUGAUGAGAUGCUGAAAUUAAAGAUAAUCAAACCAAGCAAGAGUCCGUGGAAUGCUCCAGUUUUAUGUGUGCCCAAAAAGGAUGACGCUAAUGGUAACAAGCGAUAUCGAAUUGUAGUAGAUUUCAGAGCACUAAAUACGAUAACAAAACAAUAUGUGUUUCCGAUUCCACUAAUCAAUGAAAUUUUAGAUAACAUUGGAGAUAGCCAAUAUUUUUCUUCAAUCGAUCUUAAGUCAGGAUUCUAUCAAAUUCCUAUUAACCCAAAAGAUGCUUCUAAAACAGCAUUUUCAACAUCUAAGGGACACUUUGAAUUCAAUCGCAUGCCAAUGGGUUUGAAAAACAGUCCAUCAACUUUUCAAAAAUUAAUGAAUACAAUUUUAUACGAAAUUCAACCAGUCAAAGCUUUUGUGUAUCUGGAUGAUAUUGUUAUUUUUGGAAAAACAAUUCAGGAACAUAAUGAGAAUUUAUGUAAAGUUCUAGAAGCUCUUAAAAGGAAUAAUUUGAAAAUAGAGCCUGAGAAAUGCAAUAUUCUCAAAACAGAGAUAAAAUACUUAGGCCAUAUCAUUGAUAAGAAUGGAAUUAGACCUACAGAUGAGAAUAUUAAAACUAUUCAGAAGAUGGAAAAACCAAAAACAAUUAAAGGUGUUCGAUCAUUUUUAGGAACGGUAAAUUUUUAUGGAAAAUUCAUUCCUAAUAUGGCAGAUAAGCGGAAACCGUUGAACAAUCUGCUUAAGAAAAAUGUAAAAUUUAGAUGGACGGACGAAUGUGAUGUAGCAUUCAAUCAGUUAAAAGAAUGUUCAAUAUCGGAACCAAUAUUAGUGCGUCCAAAUUAUCAGGAUACUUUCGUUAUUACCACAGAUGCGAGUGACUAUGCUAUUGGAGCAGUUCUCUCAAAUGAGAAAACAACUGAUCAUCCAAUUGCUUAUGCGAGUAGAGCAUUAAUUGGAGCCGAGCUUCGGUACUAUAUAAUUGAAAAAGAAUUGCUUGCAAUUGUAUGGGCUAUUGAAUAUUUUAAACAUUUUGUUUUCAAUCAAAAAUUCAUUGUGUACACGGAUCAUAGACCAUUAAUUGCCAUAUGGAGACUAAAAGAAAAUUCUUCAACCCUUUCUAAACUAAGGUUGAAAAUCCAGGGACUAAAUUGUGAAAUCAGAUACAAGCAAGGUAAAGAAAAUGUCGUGGCAGAUUUCUUAUCCAGGCUUGAACAGCCAAAAGUUGAGAAGGAAACCAAUUCUCAACAAUACAAUGAUGAAGAAGCACCAAAACAAGAGUCUAAUUUAAUUGGAGUUUUGACACGAUUCCAAAAGAGAUGCCAAAACCAGAAUAGUAUUGUUCAUCCUCCAACACAAUUAUCAGAAAACAAAUGUGAUGCAGAGAAGGCUGAUGACAAAGAAAAAUCUGAUGAUAAUCAAAAUCAAAACCAGAUGCAAAGCAAUGACGAUGAUACGGCAUUUAACGACCUAAUGAACAUUGAUAUUAAUUUUGAUGAUUCAUUAGAGGUGGAGCAAAAUAAAGAUGAGGAAGAAAUUUUUGACUCAGAAGUUGAUUAUAAUUUGCUCAAAUUUAAUAAAAAUAAAAUGAAAUUGAACGAGGUGGAUGCUACAAUAGCAAUUCUAAAUAGCAGAACUGCAUUCAAAGAGUUGCAUGAAUUAAUUGAUCUACCACAUGGAUUUAAAGAUUUUCUUUCAGGCGAAGUAAUUUCCAUGCCAAAAGAUAAGAUAUGGGGAAUUAUACUAAAUGGUUCUAAACAAUCUGCUUUAGAAUCUAGAAAGUUAUUCACUACUUUGAGAAAUAUCCUACGAAAUAAUGUGGAUUUUUCCAAUUCUGGUACUAAUAUUCAAAUAAUCUCUUUCAGAAAAAUAAAAUCGUCGCAAGAUUUUGACAUAUUAUGCCAUAUUGCAAAAAAGUUUAAUAAAGUUUUUCAUUUGUAUAGUUCUGAUUCAGACAGAAUGUUUGUGGAACCAGAAAAUAGAGCAACAGUCCUGAAAGAAUUCCAUGAUGCCCCACUUGGAGGACAUGUUGGAAGCGAAAGAAUGCUUAAACGUUUAAGACCAUUAUUUAUUUGGGAAAAUAUGAAAAGAGAUAUUCAAAACUUUGUUAGACAAUGCGACUCAUGCCAGAAAAAUAAAAUAUGGCCGGCGAAUCGAAUACCAAUGAAAAUUACAACAACUUCAGAAGAACCAUUUCAGAAAAUCUAUAUGGAUAUUGUGGUUUUACCAGUGUCCGAAGAAAAUAAUAGGUAUGGUUUAGUAAUACAAGAUGAUUUGACAAGAUUUUUAACAGUGGUGCCAAUGAAAAAUCAGGAAAGUUACACAGUUGCGAAAGCAUUUGUUGAAAAUUUUAUUUGUCGUUUCGGUACUCCAUUAGAAUUAGUCACCGAUAACGGUUCAAACUUUGUAAGUUCAUUAAUGAAAAAUGUGUGCAAAAUUUUAAAAAUUAAAAAGAUUACCACGAGUGCAUAUCAUCCACAAGCUAAUUUAGUGGAACGAUCGAACCGGGAAUUGAAAAUUUACCUCAGACAGUACAUUGUAAGUAAUCCGUUAAUUUGGGACGAAUUACUACCAUUUUUUUCGUUCGAGUAUAAUACGACAAUCAAUUCUUCGACAGGCUAUUCCCCGUAUGAAUUACUUUACGGGAGAAAAGCGAGAAUCCCAAAUUCAGUUUAUUGUUCAAAUAACAAUGAACUAAAUUAUGCAGACUACUCGGAAGAAUUGAAAGCAAACUUCAAAAAUGUUCAUGGCAAGGCCAAAGAAAAUCUUGUUGCUUCUAAAAUUACACGAAAAGAAAUUUACGACCGACAAACUAAUAAUUGGCAGCCGAUGUGGGGAGAAUUAGUUUUAGUAAAAACCAACCCAAUUGGAGCAGGAAAAAAACUGCAAGAAUUGUGGAAAGGCCCGUAUGAAGUUGUAGACCUGCCGAGUGAGCAAACCACAAUAAUAAAAAAUGGGAAAAAAUUAGAAAAAAUACACAAUAAUCGUUUGCGAAAAUAUAACGAUUAGGCAUUCAUAUUUUAAAAUUUGAAAAUCUAACCCAAUAUAGACAUACCCAUAGCGUAAAACUGAAGUAAGUUACGUAAUGAAAGAUAAUUGUAUAAUAAAAAUAUCGUUGCAGAAAUAAUUUGAUUGACUGAUUUGUCUUUAUUGCAGUGUGCGUUCAAGAUGCAAACGGUGCCCAAAUGCGCUUCAAACGCGGUAACACAGUGUUACCAAAGGCAACUUAGCAACCAUAGUCAAUAUCACCAACCUAGGUUUCAAAUGCUCCCGCUGACAUCGGGUUACUUGUUAGAAAAUCUUACCGCAUUUGGUGCUCCCGCAUUUGAUAUUUGCAUUUUGAAGGCACACAGCAAUAUUAAAGAGACUUUCAGCCCUUGGCUGGUUCGUCUUUAUCCUAAACAAUUGCAGAAAUAACUAUAUUAUGUAUAUAAUACAUAAUAUAGUUAUAUUAUACAAAAAAAAAAACCAAAUAUACACUACCCGUCAAAAGUACGGACUCACAAAAAGUAUUGCAACAAUAUUGCAUCACCCUGACUCACCUCAAUAUCUCCAAAACCAGAAGACUUACAAAGAUGCUGUCUUCAGCAAAGUUUUUCAGAAACCCAAGAGCAACAACUUUUCUGAAGGCGAUAUUUUUGUAGGUGUUCUGGUUUUAGAGAUAUCGAGGUGAGUCAGGGUGAUGCAAUAUUGUUGCAAUACUUUUUGUGAGUCCGUACUUAUGACGGAUAGUGUAUAUACAUUAAUCGUUUAACAUAAUUUAUUUACAUUUAACCAUCAUUUAACUCCGGACACGAAUGCCACAGGGGUGGUAAAGUGUCCCAAAUAAAUACUAAUAAUAAUAAUCGUUUAACUUUCUUAUAUAAAAUUUUAUUAACUAUAACACAAAAUAACUAUCUAAAUUUAUAUUAAUAACUGUAUAUCAUAAUAUAUUUUUAUAACUAUAAUAAUUUUCUCUCUCAAUAUUAUUCAGUUUUACUACAGCUAAUACAUAAAGAUUCUAAUUUGGGAAUAUUUGUUUUCCGUGUUAAUAACAAAGACAUUGAUCUAAUUAAAACUAAAUAUUGUAUAUAUACAAGAAUAUUAAAAAUAAAUAAUAUUAAAACCAACAAAAAAAAAAACAAAACAUUUUUAGGUACACCACAAAGGGUAUUUAUCAGGUAAGUGUUUAAAAAAAAAAUGAGUACUCCAACCGAUCGCAUAUUUGCUUUGAACGCGUUAUCCAUUUGUAGAUUGUGUUUUAGACAAAAAAAGAGGCCUUAUAGAUAUACAAACGGAUUUAUUACUCAAUAAUCUGAUUGUGGGGUAUCUAGGGAAAGGAUCGUAUCUUAGUGACAUGGUUACUAGGAAAAUUUGCAAGAAAUGUUCAAACAGAAUAAAAAACAUUGAUGCAUGUGUAAAAUUUUUUAAAGAGGUAGAUGAAGUUAUGGAAGCAUUUAUUGAAAAUGGAUCAAUAAUUCCUAUCAUAAAUGAUUGGGCUACAACAGUAAUGAAAUUUUUAAGUUUGUGUAAUAUAUAGGUAAAAAUACAUCUGAUUGAACUAAAUGAAAAUCGAAAAAAAAAUAUAAAAGGUUGUUUAAAAUGAAGAUCAUGUGAAAUUUCCUCACAAUCGACAUGGAAAUCAUGAAAAAAAGGAAUAAUAACAUAAAAUAAAACGUUUAAGAUAUACGGAAACGAGUAAUACAUGUAUUUUUUAAAGAAUGAGUACACGGUCGAUCGUAUUGCUGCUUUUAGCGCGCUAUCAAUUUGCAGAUUUUAUUUUUAACAAAAAUGAUAAAGCAAAGUAUCGCUUAAUAACAUAAUAGCGAGUUUCCUAGGUAAUAGAUUACAUAGUAAUGACAGAGACACUACCAAAAUCUUCAAGAAAGACAUGAAUGAAAUAAUGAACAUUGAUGCAUGUUUAUACCAUGGGAAAUUUUUUAACGAAAAUGAAUUAAUUACCCCUAUUACAAAAAAAAAAAAAUCGUAACGAAAUUCCACCAGGUCGAGAAUGAGCUGAAUACUUCUUAUUUGAAUACGACAAGUCAAAAAAAUAAAAUAAAAUAAUAAUAAAAAAACAACGAAUAAAGGGACAAAUACAUACAACCAGAGGCUGAUACAGAACCAUUAAUACAAUUAAUACAAAUUCAUAUGAACAUUAUUCGGACCAAGGUGCACCAUAUCCAUUGGAUAGAGAAAGAUAAAGAUAAAAAUAUACAAAAAAGAGUAAAUCUGGCAUCGGAAACUAAAAAAAAAAUAUGGCAUAUUCAUUGAAAUUACAUUGUCGACGGGUCAUCAAAUUCUGUACCAUUUGGAAAGUUAAAAAUCAGGCAAUUGUUUUAUCUAUUUACCUAUGUUUGUUUGUAAGAAUGAAUGAUUGGACAAGGUUAGUGCACACCAGAAUGAAUGUGCAGAAUAUAUUAAACGAGAUGUUUGAAAAUGAAAAGUAUGGAAUUGGACAGUUUUGUUUUCCCCACAUUGCCAAAGUACAGAGUAUCAAAGGUUUGGUAAACCAAGCUACCACCAGGAAUGACAAUAUUCCUGAUUCAUCAAGGUACUGUAUCUUACGAUACUAACAAGUUCUUGAAUGAAUAAUAAACAAUAUGCUUAAUAAAUAUGCCAAGAAAUAUAAUACAUGAAAUAGGAAAAAAAAACUAUGCUAAAGAAAACGGAAAAACGAAAAUGGCAUGGUUUGGUAAACCUAGCUACCACCAGGAAUGCAGAAUUCCUGAUUCAUCAAGGUACUGUAUCCAUUGAUACACAUAGUGCUUGAAUGAAUAAUAAAUAAGCCAUCAAACAAUAAUGAAUACCUUGAGUCCAGAAAUGAAAAAAAAAAAAAAUAAAUCAAUGGUCUGGUCUGGUAAACCAAGCUACCGCCAGGAAUAGAGACAUUCCUGAUUCGUCAAGGUACUGUAUCCAGCGAUACAAAAAAGUUCUUGAAUGAAUAACAUGACCAUGAAACGAAAAACAAUCAAAAAAGAAAACGUUAUGGUAAACAAAGAAAAUGAAAAAUGGUUCGGUUUGGUAUACCCAGCUACCACCAGGAAAAACAAACUUCCUGAUUUCAUCAAGGUACGGUACUGUAACGGUACGAUAAAGUUCUUGAAUGAAAAAAAAACAGCCAAAUUUGCUCCCAAAGAUGAGAAGAAGACUGUCGGUCUUGCCUGUUCCAAAAUAUUAAAAAAAAAAAAGAAAAAAAGAAAAUCAUAUAAAAAUAUCAUGAAUAUAUAAAAAAGAUUUGAUUUUAACAUGCAUCAAUGAUUCAAAUCGAUUAUUUAUGACCAAGUCGAUAUAAGGAAGAAUAAGAAUAAAAGUGCUGAAACCAAAAAUAAAAUCUAAUAAACUAUUUGUUCAUCUACAGAAGAAGACGCAUAAAAAAAAACUUUAAUUGAAAUUCAGCAGUACAAGCAACAGACACAUAAGAGAGAAGACGAAGAGAUGAUAGGUCAAAUGCGACGGACACAGGAUGAAGAAGAAGCGAUCGUGCAGUUGAUGUUAAUUAACAAAUAUGGGUAAGAAAUCAGAAGACUAACCAACAUAUAUAUAUAUAUAUAUAUUUUUUUUUUCAGGAGCAAAUGUAAGAGCUAAGUUCUCUUUUACCGAAAAGUACAAAAUUAUGAAAUAUCGUCACAUAACACAAUACAGAAACGUGGGGAUUAUUUUUGCGAAAUUAAUUUUCAAAUGUUUAAGUUAAAAAACUUUUUGAUAAACUGCGGGUAUGUUAAACAAGAUUUUUUUUAACAUUUAUACAGGAAGGGAAAUUAAUUUUAUUUCCAAUAAUUGUAAAUGUUGGAAAGUUAUUAUUUUUUUCCAUUUAUGCUGGGAGAUGAAAAUUUUAAUUAGCAUGGUUUUUGUCAAUUAAGGGAAUUUGUUGGAAAAUUUUUCAUAAUAAUUCAUUAAAACGUGUGUUCAAUAAAAAUAUAUCAAUUGUAAAGUGCUCAUAAUUAUUAAGAAAAAUAGUCGUUUGAAGCUUCUAGAUGAAUAAGAAUCAAGAGAAAACAUAGGUCAUUAGGAAAGGUGAUUAAUAAGACAAUAGUUCAAAGGCAACAAGCUUAAACUUCAACCAUACAAACAUGGAUGUAUGGAAAAUGAAAGAAAAAGUUCCAGAAAUCAUCAAUCAGAGGUCAACGAGCAACAUCGGAACCGUAUUAACAGGGAUGUACGGUAAUGGAAAGAAAAGUUCCAGCAUCAACAACGAGUUCAUGAUUGGCGAGUCGAUUAGGUUGGUCAGAAGGGUAAACUGAGCAUCAAGCAUCAAACAUCAGGGUCAACGGAACAUAUCUUCUACAGUCAAAGCAAAUUGUUGCAGAAAGUGUAAAUACGCGGAUUUCAACCUUUUAGGAAGGAAAAUGAUCACAUAUACUUUACAACCUACCCGGUUUAUAUUUCACAAACUCAUAUACCAUUUCCUAUAAUACCAAUUCUUGGACGAGAAAGCAUCAAAAUUCUUGUAGCCGGCAUUUAUUAAUGGAUAAUUCAACAGCAGCAUAACUCUACAAGUUGCAUUUGUCACUAGCAACGAACAAUUUCCACAAAAGAAAUAGUCAAAAUGUUCUUGGCUGAGCAAGUAACAACAACACAACCAAUUAGAGGAAGGAUGACAUUAAAUGCAUUAACGACAAAUACAACAAAUAUUUCAGCAGGAAAAAGCCACAUUUUCAAGCUGUCGUCAUAUACGCAAAUUUCAACAGCAUCCUAAGGCAGCAAGAACCAAUUAUCGAUAUAUUGAAAAAAAAAACACAACCAACAAAAUACGUUUUUCACCACAAUGAUUUUAAGACUAUUAAUUGGAAUAACAAGGACAUUAUGCGUGAAUAUCCUGUUUUCAAUCGAAUAGACAAGUGGACACAAGAUUUUUCUCACGGAACCAGAAAUAAGCAAAAGUUUCAAGAAUCACGUAGAAUUGAAAUCACAAACAAGGAAAAAAUUACCGUUACAAAGGAAAUCAACCAUUAGGAGAAAUCAAAGAAGCAGUAUGGGAAUCGCACAACAGUUAAUCACCGAUAAACACAACGAAGCAACGAGAAGGAGAUGCUUGGUUUUUGCCCUAAUGACUCACUUAAAGACUCAGCCAUGAUCAACAACUUCGAAACAUCGGGAUUCAUCAAAAUCAAAGUAUGUUUAUAUCACAAUAUCACGGCGAAAACGGUAGCGGAAUACGGAGUCAACAGUUGCCAUUUGAAUCACAGGUAUGAGUCUAGUUAAAUAAAAAAAAAUAUAUUAGGAAAGAAGAAGAAUAAUAAUCUAGUUUUAAAACUUGUAAGGAUUAACAUUAGCUAGAAAAUGGUCAGCCAAGGAUAUUAUCGAAUCAGAUUCAAUAGAAACAAAACAAGAGCACUAUAAAUAUAAUAUUUAUAAGCAGAAGCAAAGCAGUAUGUAAAUCAACUCUUAUUCGAAAAACAAAAAGACCUCAUAGGGCCAGAAACAUGACCAACAUUUUAAAAAAUUAAGAAAUUUUAAGAAAUUUCUUAAUUUUUUUGCGGGAAAAGUAAGGGAAUGCAACAAACCGCUGAAUUGAGAUUCAGCAAUUUAUUGCCAAAAUGAUAAUUUUUGUCAUUUUUCGGGAAUGGGGCAUACGUCACCCUUUUCCCCAAUCAUUUGCAACAAUUUUGCAUUUUUCGCUCAUGCCGAAAUAAGAGAAAGGGAAACCAACAUUUUGGGAUCUCGGCUUAUAUUUUAUGACAUAAACAUCGGGCAUGGUUUUCAACAUAUGUUGAAGCCUUCUGUGCCUGUAUUCUGGGUGACGAAAUUCAAGUACAUACAGGGUCGUCUUGAUGAAAUAAACAAUUGCCUCGAAAUCCGAUCGUAAAAUGAGUUGAGAAGAAUGAUCUGAUUGUUUUUGCAACAAGAAAAAACUUGGAAAUGCAUAACCUUCCCCGAAAAGAAAGGUUAUCACAGACAACGAUCAUAAUUGGAUCGUAAAAUUAUGUUUUGAAUCGAUCGGACGACCGUCCACACAUCCAUGCUUAGAAGGCGUGAAAAUUCUAACGCAUGAGUGAUCGUAAAACUGAGACGGGCGACGAAGAAAAGUAAACACUAUAAAUUUAUGAUCGCCCGGUGCGUUCAUGAAAAAUCAAGUUCGGGGAUGAUGAUGAUUGGUGUGGCUCUUGAUGACUCAGCCACUAAGGCAAGAAAUUUUGAAAUUGAAUUCGCGAGUACUUUCGCUCCCCUCAGAAUUUUGAUGCAUCGGAGAUUUCUGUUUUGUUUUGGGGAGAGUUUUUGGGAGGCCCGAAUCUCAGAGGUGAGAAUAAAUUGGCCAUUCGUUCUGGAGGCUCAAUUAAUCUCGCGGAUGUGAGAUGGCGAAAUGGGAGGCAUAGGGAAAAUUGAUCAUCCGUGUAGGGAAGAGUUUAGAAUUGCUCUCACGGAUGUGGGAGAUGCAAAGAUUAGAAAAGAGCGUAAUUUAUAAUCAAUUAUGCAUGGGGCAUCGGGAAAUUAAUUUCUCUUUGGUCUCGGAGAGAGUCCUGGAGAAUUUUUGAUCGGAUCAUAAUUAUGAUCAGGAGAAUAAGAGUUGAUGGUUAGAGAGAGGACCCUUAUAUAAGGGCCAGCAGAUCCAAUGAUCGGGGAGUCAGUUUGUGUUUAGAAUUUUUCCAUUGUUAAGUUUGGGUCUUGAGCUCGACGCCAUUUCUGGCUAAUCAACAACUCUUGUACUCCAUCUUAAUUUUGGAAAAAAUAGUUGAGACCAGUUUGCUUAGGGUUUUCCCAUUUAAACUUGAGAAAAAGUAGUUCAGUUCAGGCAGUUAGUGUUUCAGUUUAGUGGUUUAGAUAGUCAGUUAGUGUGUUUCAUUUGUAGAUGUUCAUUUCUAAUUCAGUGCACUGUGGAAAUUAAAAUAUUUUAUAAUCGGAAAAUAAAGUAGUGUAGUUUUAAGAAGUGGUGGUCAAUUUUUAUAGAUGAUGACAUAUCUUUAAGUAAACGCGUUCGGUUGCAAUUUUGAAA